ACCGACCGGCGGGCGCGCAGUGCACGCAUGCGCACCCGCAGCCUGGCGGGCGGGGGUGCGGGGGCUCGCACAGCGGGUUUGGUUGGUUGGUUGGGGUUUUUUUUGUUUUGUUUUUUUAGCAGUAGUCCUCCAAGGCGCACGCCAGCUCAGGCCCCGCGUUGGAAAAUGGCGGGCAAGUUGGAGUCCUUGAGAAUGGAGCCCCCCGAAGUCGUGGAGGAGGCUGAGGAGGCUGAAGGGCAGACCAAGUCUUUGAAGAUGACUGAAGACUUGCUGGCAAUGGUGAAAAAACUGCAGAAAGCCAGGCAUCUGUCUUCUCUGGCUCAAUCUUUCUUUCAUGCUGCAGAGGGAAGCCUGGAACCACAAAUUGAAGACCUGAUUAACCGGAUUAAUGAGCUUCAGCAAGCAAAGAAGAAAUCCAGCGAGGAACUGGGAGAAGCCCAAGCUCUCUGGGAGACCCUGCAUAGGGAAUUGGACUCCUUGAAUGAAGAGAAAGUGCAUCUAGAGGAGGUCUUGAACAAAAAGCAAGAGGCACUGAGUAUCCUCCAGUUGUACUGCCAAAGGAAGGAAAGUGGAGCUCAUAGGAAGAACAUGUUGCAGGACUGCACAGAGCAAAUUUCUAUCCAUAACUCUCAGGUCGCAGAGAAUUGCAGACAGAGGAAGCUGGGGUUGCAUGUUGAAGAACAGCUGGAGAAUUUGAUGGGCCAGCACAAGGAACUCUGGGAAUUCCACAUGCUGAAGCAGCGACUGGCCUGGGAGAUCCGUGCUCUGCAGAGCAGCAGGGAGCAGUUGCUCACCGAAGAGAGCCGGGCCCUGGCCAAGCUGGAGGACGUGGAGCGGCGGCUGAGCUCGGCGCCCGAGGCCGGGGGCGUCCAGGCGGUGGACGACGGUGCGAUUGCCUCCUGUGGGUACAGGAUAAGGAGAUGGUCGAUUGCCUCCCAGGCUGAACUCUGAAGAGUGGAGACUGACCAGCCCUACUGUGCCUCCCUGGGUUCCAGUAAAAGGCCUGAAAGCAACCCAGCCUGAAAACAGAUGCCCCUUUCAGCCAUCGCCUGGAUAUUUUUGUACAUGCAUGGAAUCCACUGAACUUCCUUACAUCUGAAGGCUACUGAUGAUUAAUUUUUCAUUGUUUCCAUGUGCCCGUAGUUCUUAUUCUUAACCAUUUUUCUUCUCUCUCAUAUAAAAUAAACACUGGCUUAUUCCAUAUUCCUGGAGUUCCCCAAAAGUUCAUACUUGGAGUGGUUGCUUCUUCACUCUCACACACUUCCCUUUGUCCUCUGCUUGUAGGUUAAGGGCAGUUGUCAAAUUAUUCCCCUCCACCCCCUCCCUGGGAAGGAAAGGAUCAAACGGUGUUCCAGUCAGGGAAUUCUUUUAGUCUUUUCAUCUUUAUUCUGUUGGGGUUGUGGGCUUGGAAUGGGAGACUAAAAGGACAGGAGACCGAUAUUUGGGACUGUGGAACAGCAGUGUGAGAAGUGAGCCUUUAAAAGAUGGAGUCGUAAAUGGGAGCUGCACUGCCCAGCGUGACAGCUCCAGGCCGGCCAUGUGGGGCUUCUGAGCACUUAGAGUGGCAUUAGCUGGUCCAAACUGAGGCAUGGCCCAAGUACAAAAUGCCUGCCAAAUUUCAAA